AGAACAUAGGUCCGUGAAGGAAUUACCAGCACAAAGACUACCUCAUAACCACAAACAAAAUGGCUUAUACAAACAUCAACAUACGUUUUGUUUUCUACUGGCGUGAUUUGCUGGUAAUUGCCGCAGCGACGUAUGGCACAGACAAGCUCAUCAGUCACGCGUGUGACUACAACCAGCACGAUAACCACGGACGUUCCAUUAUCAUUGCCAGCGUUGCCAAGUCAAAGAAGGCCAUGGACAGGAAUGCUGCCUCCGCUGCUACUAGUGGUUUGCAUUUACACAAUGUUCGUUACAAAGGUCAGUACAGCCCAAGUGGCCAUAACGUCUGUGUCAAUCCUGGAGACGGAUACAACGGGCUGCCGGACUCUGCUCGGAACCACUGCACCACGUACGCCGCUGCCGGGGUCUACUGCACACACAACACCGACAUCCAGUUACACGCUCCAGCUUCGAGGUUACACUCGUUGACGAAGACCGAUGCUAACCGUGUUUUCUUGUUCGGUUAAUUAUCUUGAAUUGAU